AUGAAUCGGACGGGUUCAGAUGAAGAAGAGCUUGAGCCGGCUCAGCAGGAAGAAGAGGCCAAAGGAAGAGGGAAAGAAACAAAAGAAGUCGACAGAGCUGUAGCAGCGGCAGCAGGAGAGGUAGCCAGUGCACAGAUGGAUCUUUUGGGCGAAAUAGUGGAGCACGAGACGGUGGUUCCGGAGGCGCCAGUGGGGCCAACGCCUCCGGGGCAGGCGGGCAUCACGAGAGGGUUUCCCACGGCACGGGCGAAGAGGCCCAGCAGAUGGAGACAGCGGUUGCAGGAGAAAGGGCUGUCGUCGAUGUCAGGCAGCGUCGGCUCCGGGGGUGUUGCAGAAGCUGCGCCGGAGAGCGACGGCAAGAUCUACACGACAGCGCCGGACACGGGGUUGAAGCAUUUCAAGAGCAAGGGCGACCGGAAGCUGGACUACUCGGGGCUUUCCGAGGUCGAGCAGAUCCACCAGGAAAACAUCGAGAUUCUUGCACACAUGUCGGUGGCGGAGCGGGAGGACGCAAAGCAGGAGUUGCUUGACAACCUCGACCCGAAGGUGUUGCAGAUGUUGAUGCGGCGGUCUGUGCACAAGUACGGGCCACCGCCCGCUGCGGGGUCUGAACCGGCGGCGGAAACCAAAGACCCGUUGUACGAGCCCGUUGAGGGGUCGAUGGGCACGUGGGUCGGCGGCGAGCACGAGCUGGACAGACAGUCUCGGCAGCAGUUUCAGCGUGGAGAAGAGAAGCGCAGCACUUCCAACACCUCUCUCAAAUCUGCGUUGAAGACGCCGCUGACGACCCCCCACAACAGUACCCUGGAGGGCGAUGCAGCUGACGAUGGUGAAAACGAAGCAAGAAAAGAAAAGACGAAGAGAAUAAGGUUCAGCAAGGAGGCGAAGGUCAUCUACUUGGACCAGAAGGAGAAGGUGAGGCACAGCUCUCCGUCCGAUUCUGAUGGCGAGUGGGAGGAUUUUGAGGAGGUGUCGGAGGACGCAAACCUUCGUCCUGCCGUUGCUAAUGGAGCCAGCCGUGUAGCUGUCGAUGACGACGCACCGGUACCGAUAGAAGAUGCCGUCCGACUAAAACGAUCCCCCAACGACGAGCUGGCAGACCCCUCGUCCUCCUCCGGUGUCCACUUCCCGCAGCCGACACAGCCAUAUGAGGUGCUCGACAUCAACGACCCCCAGUUCAACGAAAAGCUACACGAGAAGUACUUCCCAGACCUCCCCAGGAAUCCCAAGCAGCUGGAGUGGAUGAAGUCUGAUUCCCCGGGCGACAUACCACCCGUCAUUUCGUACGACUCUCUCGAAUCCGUCCGUUUCGAUUUCAAGGCAGAUUUGAUCACGAGCGAAAACAUUGGCCAGUAUAUCAACGAGAAUCAGGGGCUAUACAACCAUGCACAAAAUCCAGAGUUGCCAGGCUACACCAUUCCAGAGUUGGCCCACUACCUAAGAUCGACCUUCCCCGGCCAGGUCUGUAUAGCUUGCAGGACGUUAGGCAGACUGCUAUACAAGCUCGGGACACUACAGUACCAAGUCCAUGAGAUCGGCGACGAUGAGAAAAUCAACGAGACAGGUGAGGAGGGGAUGUUUGAAAUUGAGUGUUGGAAACUUAUCAUAAAACUCAAAAUUAUCGAUCUGUUGCAAAUGUAUGCAUCUGAUAAGGAGAAAAAUCUUUCUGUGAAAAAUUACGCCAUUGACUCUUUGUGGCUUUGGAAACAAGGUAACGGUGAUGAAAAAAUCAAGAAAUAUGCUUCUCAAAGUGAACAAGAGCAAGAGCAAUGA